AUGGGAUAUACCGAGUUGCCCUUCCCCCCAGUCACCAAACAGCACAUCUUGAACUGCUCCUACCACAGUUGGCACCCAAAAUAUCGUGCCGUAACGCCCAAAGCGCGCCUCAUCCCUCUUCCAUCCGCCUUUCUCGAAUACCUUCGGUCAGACGGCAUCGUCCUGCCUCCCGAAGAGAGCGACGACCCCUCAUGGUCAGACAACGACAGUGGCAUCUUCUCGGGCGCGGACAACAACGACGACGAUGCUGAGGAGAGUAUAGAUCCCAGCGCAGAGUGGCGCGACACCCACGAGGCAAUCGAGCGCACCAUUGAGGAGCUGGGCGGCAAAGUCGCUCCCAAGCUCAACUGGAGUGCGCCAAAGGAUGCGACAUGGAUAGCAGCAACCAACAGCAUGGAAUGCCGUACGCCAAACGACAUCUACCUACUCCUCAAAAGUAGCGACUUUGUCACCCACGAUCUUGCACAUGCCUUUGACGACACAGCCGAUCAGUCCAUAACGCCAGACCCGGCAAUUCCAUACCAUCUCGUACUGCGAAAGUGGAUCACGCUUAACCCCAGCGUCGAGUUCCGAUGCUUUGUGCGCAACAGACGGCUGAUUGCCCUAUGCCAGCGAGACUUGAACCACUUUGACUUUCUGUUCAAUAUGCAGGAUAAGCUACGAGACCUGAUCCAAGACUUCUUCGACGCUAAACUGCGCGAUACAUUCCCAGACCCAAACUUCACUUUUGAUGUAUACGUGCCGCCGCCCCAUGAUAAGGUCUGGGUUGUUGAUUUCAAUCCCUGGGCUGUACGAACAGACCCAUUGGUCUUUUCGUGGAUGGAAUUGCUCACCAUGGACGUACCAGAGGCAGCACUAGCCGAAGAGACGACUGUGCGUCUGAAGAUAGCUCAGCCAGAAGCCAAGAGCGAGUCUGUUCCAGUGCCCAAUGACGUGUUGGAGGAGGACGACCUCUCAGACGACAAUGACAUUGAGGAAGUUUGGCAGCCAGAGUUCCGACUGGUACGGAGAGACGACCCAGAGGCGUAUGGUUUCACAACUCCGCAGUAUAGCGCUCACAAGUUGCCCAAAGAUGUAGUGGACGCGAGCAGGGGAGGCGAAGGCCAACUGAGAGAGUUUGCCAUGCAGUGGGAACAGGCCCAGAAAUUGGCUGAACAACAAAGGGCAGAAGAUAGCGAAGAAGAUUAG